GGUAAGUAUGGAGAACCAUGAGCCUUGUAAUGCCCUGCAGUUUGUGUUAUCAAGUGUCACAGAAGCUCCACACACUCUGGCUAUUAAAGGAACUACUGAGAUUCAACUUACUGGCAAAAUAAGCCUGUGAUUAACUGUGGUACCUAUGGUGUUGUGUAUAAAGGUCGGCACAAAACCACAGGCCAAGUGGUUGCAAUGAAGAAAAUACGUCUAGAAAGUGAGGAGGAAGGUGUUCCAUGUACUGCUAUCCGAGAAAUUUCUUUAUUAAAAGAGCUGCAUCAUCCCAAUAUAGUCUGUCUUCAGGAUGUUCUUAUGCAGGAUUCAAGACUGUACCUUGUCUUUGAAUUCCUUUCCAUGGAUCUCAAGAAAUACUUGGAUACUAUUCCAUCUGGCCAAUAUUUGGAUCGUUCACGUGUUAAGAGUUACUUGUAUCAGAUCUUGCAAGGCAUUGUCUUCUGCCAUUCAAGAAGAGUUCUGCACAGAGACUUAAAACCUCAGAAUCUCUUAAUAGAUGACAAAGGAGUGAUUAAACUGGCAGACUUUGGAUUGGCUCGAGCUUUUGGAAUUCCAGUGCGGGUAUACACUCAUGAGGUAGUGACACUGUGGUACAGGUCUCCAGAGGUGUUGCUAGGAUCUGCUCGUUACUCUACUCCUGUAGAUAUAUGGAGCAUAGGCACCAUAUUUGCGGAGCUGGCAACUAAAAAACCACUUUUCCACGGGGACUCGGAGAUUGACCAGCUCUUCAGAAUCUUCAGAGCUUUAGGUACCCCCAACAAUGAGGUAUGGCCUGAAGUGGAAUCCCUGCAAGACUAUAAGAACACAUUCCCAAAAUGGAAACCCGGCAGCCUGGGAACACAUGUCAAAAACUUAGAUGAAGAUGGACUUGAUCUGCUGUCUAAAAUGUUAAUUUAUGAUCCUGCAAAAAGAAUCUCUGGCAAAAUGGCCUUGAACCAUCCAUAUUUUGAUGACUUGGACAAAUCUACUCUUCCUGCUAAUCUGAUUAAGAAAUAAUAGACCUUUGGACUAAAUCAACCAGAGUGAAAUAAUUGUGAUUACUUUUACUAUUAUGUCUGUCUGUAACUUGUAUGUCUGUCUUUCUGCUCUAAAACUGUGCCUGUGUUUAGUUUGUUUUGGUUUAAGUGUUAUCUAAAUGUAAAUAUUAACCUUUUAGUGCUGAGUUCAAAUACAAUGCAAAUAUUGCUGCUGUUAAUGCAGUGAACUUUCUAUAAAUAAAGCUUUAAAUCCAGUGAAGGGCUGAACUUAUUUCCAGGCUACAGGUGCUCUACAAAAGGGCUAUUUUCUUUGGAAUGUGCUGGUAAGAUACUAGUCUGGAAAAAAAAAGGCAGCUAACCUAAACUGAAUUGCUGUUCUUGAUAUGAUAUGAAAUUCCUCUGAGGUUUGAGGAGUUUCAGUAUAACGUUAGUUUAAAAAUUUGAGUGUGGCAAUCAAUGUGCCAAAGGACAUGUAAAUGAGGUAUUGUGAACUGAAGAAUUGCAAAUUACUACUUAAGCCAAGUAGAUGGCCAAACUCAUUUGAGGGUUUGAGUUUUUGAAGGUAUUUGCAAGUCAGCCUUUAGGAAAAUCCUUGUUCUGUGUGCUUCUGUUAUCUUGAAGGCUCAAGAAUUUACCUAGACAUUGGCGUGUUAACUUGUGACUUGGCAUAGUUCCAGGUCUUGGACCAGGUAAGGUAUGACACAUCUUAAAUCUUACAUAGACUCUCUAUACCAAUGUGUAACUGCUUACCAGGGCCCCCUCCAACUGCUAGUGGCAAUGUAGUUCUCUGAUUCUUAUUAAAGGUAGAGCCCCCUGGAUUAUGCUUGAAUUUGAAAACUAGUCUGCCUUCAUAUAGGAAUAGUUGAGUAAAUGUUGACUUAACAUGACUGCUAAGAAUUGUAAUCAUAGACUGAGAUGCUGCAUGUUGAUAGACUCCUGUGAUUAAAGCAGGAGCUUUCUAAAGCUCCUCAGCAUGUAACUUUGUAGGUGAGAGUACUGUAAAAAGUUCAAAACAAUUCACAAAGGUAUGUCCUAAUAACUGAUUGUAUGUUAGAUUCCCUUUAUCCUUGGCUUUCAGAUACAUCAAUAGGGACAGGGUGCCCAUCUCUCUGAAGUUUUAUUGGAUCCAAGCACCACGGUGCUCCUUAACUUGCUGGUUAGGGGUCAAAGCUUGCAGCAAUGUGUGGAAUAGUAAUGAAGGUAUUUAAGUUUCUAAUUCAGGCAUGUGAAAGGAAAACGAUGGAACUCUUCAUGAACAAUAAGGUUUGUAAGAGCCCUGUCCUACAGCUGCUGAAGAGUGAGACUUUGAAACAAAAGUGGCGGAGAUGAUGGCAUUCUGUCCUUCACCUGCUUAUUGUGUCUGCCGAGGAGUAGCUGAGAGUAGUAAUGUUAGACCUCAGCUUUGUUAACAAGUACUGGGUUUAGAUGUAAAUACCAGUUGGGGUGUUAGCAUUGUUCUCUGCAGAGUGGUUCUUAAUCUCCAGAAGUAUCUGGAUGCUGUCAGCUUAAUGGAAUUAUUCAGUAGUGGAGAGCCAGAGAGGAGAGACUUCUUAAAAUUGCUUGUACAGAAACUUACUACUUAAUUGAAGGCAGAGGGGAAGAUGAUUGCUAUGACUGACUUCUAUUAACACCAGUGGCAGGAUACAAUUUCAAGACAAAUUAAGCUAGGGACCUAAUUUAUCUGCUGUUGAAUGUAGUAACUUGAUACAAGCCUUACAGACCAAGUGAUAGUAUUGCUGGUGCUAGCUGGUUACCCUGGUGUAGAAAAAUGAGGGGAACCUGCUAGCAACUGCUCUGAAAAUCAGAAGUUAAUCUGUUUAAGCAAAUACUGGGGACUUUAACAUUUGGUUUGUCUCUUUGUAUAGACAGACUUAAAGCUCUUUGUGUGGAGGAGAAGACUUCAUUUGGCAAAUUCAGAUUUUUUUUUUAUUGCAGUACUAAUAAAACCCUAUUUUUUGUCACG